UUUCUCAUUUCGAAAUCAAGAGGGUAAUUUAGUCAAAUCAACCAACAUUCUCAUAAAUAAAUAAUCUGAAAACCCCAAAUAAUAUCUACAGGGUGGCUGGAGUGGACCCUGUGGCCAGUGAUAGCCUGUAAACCCAGAAAGGUGCUCUGCUCCCUCUCCCUCUCCCUCUCUCUCUGGUUUUCCUUUUCCAUUUUCCUUUUGGCAGAGUGAGUGAUGAAUUUAUAGCCAAAAACAUUUACACAGCCAGCCACACAGCUGCAGAGCAGCAGCCUGGUUUACCAGAAGUGGAAUAAAGAAAAGAAAGCAGCAAAAAAUUAACACAACGAGACAAAUCACCCAAAUGCUCUGUUUUCUGCUUGCUUCUCUUCCUUCCUCCUCUCCCCCCUUCCAUCUCCUUUACACAAUAACAGCUUCCUUUCUUCAUAGCCAUUAUUCUCAUUCUUUUCUUCCUCCAUUUCCUUCCUCCAAAACGCACCUGAAACUCUCGUCUUUCACCUUAUUGAUUCAGAGUUUCUCUCUCUUUUCUUGCUUUCCCCUGUUUUCGAUGAUCCGCCAUGGCCUCCUCAGCGUCAAUUUACUGCUGAAAUCCUGCUGCUUGCUAACUUAAAUCUCAGACCCUUUCCCUGCUGAGAAGCAAUUUACCCUCACCGUUCUCUUCGCCUCCAAUUUCUCCUCUCGAUCUCGAAUUUCCCACUUCCAGCAAAAUGAAUCACUUGAUCCUUCUACUGCUCAUGAUCCCCCUCCCAUGGCUUCUCAAAACCCAAUCCCUCUCUACCCUUCCCAACCCAUCACAGCCCAUGAACUGUACGGACACAACCCGCCUCUGCACAUCUUUCCUGGCCUUCAAACCAUCCCAAAAGGCCCAAGCUUUGCCACUCGUCCAGAGCAUGUUCGACGUUUUGCCUCGAGACAUAACCGUGGAAGGUGGGUCCAGCGACUACGUGUUUGUGAAGAAGAACUGCUCUUGCUUGUCCGACGACAGAGUCUACGCCACCAGCACGACGUACACGGUGAAAUCCGACGAUGGCUUGGUUCACGACAUUGUGUUGGGCGCCUACGACGGGCUGGCUCUGGUACCCAACACCACAAGGAGCGCUAGGGCUGGAGCUGUGGUGUCGGUGAGGCUGUUUUGCGGCUGUUCCAGUGGGUUGUGGAAUUACUUGAUGAGCUAUGUGAUGGAGGAAGGUGAUUCAAUUGAAUCUUUGUCUAGUAGGUUUGGUGUUAGCAUGGCGAGUAUUGAAGGUGUUAAUGGAAUCAACAGCCCUGAAAAUAUCACGGUUGGUGCUGUCUACUAUGUCCCUCUCAACUCAGUUCCCGGUGAGCCUUAUCCUGUGGAGAGCGUUGUUCCUCCUGCGUCUGCUCCUUCCUCUUCUGCUGUCAACUCGUCUGCUUCAGACAGUCCAGGGAAACAGAAGGGUCAUGUAUCAUAUGCUUGGAUCAUAUUGGGUCUGGGGAUAGCCCUCGUUGCAAUCGUGUUACUGAUUGUGAUUUUUGCCUGCUUCAAGUGUUCGAGCUGCUGUUCUAAAGAUCAAGAGAGCCAUCAUGCCACAGACUCUGGUGCUGGAAAGGUGGUCUCUCACAAGUUUCAAAUUCUAAGGAAGCCGAGUUUCUGCUGUGGUUCAGCUCGAUACACAGGAGGAGGUGGUGCUGCCAACUCGGAAGAGUGGAAGCAAGCUAACGGCGAGUCUAGUAGCCAUCAUCACGUCACCAUACCUAGAGGUUUGGCAACUGAUGUAUUCGACAUGGAGAAGCCGGUGGUGUUCACGUAUGAAGAGAUUCACUUUGCAACAGAUGGAUUUGCCGAUUCGAGUCUCAUUGGACAUGGAACUUAUGGUUCAGUUUAUCAUGGCAACAUUCCAGACCAGGAAGUGGCUAUCAAGAGAAUGACUGCAACAAAAACCAAGGAAUUUUUGGCAGAGAUGAAAGUUCUCUGCAAAGUCCACCAUGCAAACCUGGUAGAACUGAUCGGAUAUGCAGCUACCAAUGAAGAGCUCUUCCUUGUUUAUGAAUAUGCGGAAAAGGGUUCUCUCAGAACCCAUUUGCAUGAUCCUCACAAGGGUCAUACGAUGCUUUCUUGGAUCAUGAGACUCCAGAUCGCACUGGAUGCAGCUAGGGGCCUCGAGUAUAUCCACGAGCAUACAAAAACACACUAUGUUCAUCGUGAUAUCAAGUCCAGCAACAUCCUACUUGAUGGUUCCUUUAGGGCCAAGAUUUCAGAUUUCGGAUUGGCCAAACUAGUUGGAAAAGCAGGCGAAGGUGAAGCCACAGUAACCAAAGUUGUAGGGACCUACGGUUACCUGGCUCCCGAGUACUUGAGUGAUGGUCGUGCCACUGCCAAGAGCGAUGUGUAUGCAUUUGGCGUCGUCCUUUUCGAGCUCAUUUCUGGUAAGGAGGCUGUCAUACGAAGCGAUGGUGCUGCAUCAAAAAACCCUGAUCGACGCUCUCUGGCAUCGACGAUGCUUGCAGCGCUACGAAGUUCACCCGAUUCCAUGACCAUGGCAAGCUUGAAGGAUCAUAUUGAUCCUAACAUGAUGGAUUUGUACCCCCAUGAUUGUUUAUUCAAUGCAGCCAUGCUAGCGAAACAUUGUGUCGAUGAAGAUCCCAUGCUAAGGCCGGACAUGAAGCAGGUAGUGAUCUCCUUAUCGCAGAUUCUCUUGUCAUCCAUUGAAUGGGAAGCCACUCUUGCUGGAAACAGUCAAGUUUUCAGUGGCCUUGUCCAGGGAAGAUAGAGUUAGAUAAAGUAAAAAGGACCUA